AUGUUAAAAUCUAUGAUUCUAUUUCCUGCUUUAACAUUUUUGCGUUUAUUAUUUUCAUCAUUCUUUAACCAUUUCUCGCCAUCAAGAGCUUUAUCAUCUAUAGAUUUAAUCACUUCGUUUGCUUUGCGUAAUUGUGCAAUUGCUUUUGCAUAUUUUACAGCUAUAUUUUUCUUUUCUUCAUCGCUUUUCUUCUUUCUCGUUUCACCUACAUCCACAUUAGUUAUAUCAUGCAUUUCAUGCCUUACUUCCUUCGGUACCGCCUUACGCGUCUUUCCUACAUCAACAUUAGUUAUAUCAUACAUUUCUUUUCUUACUUCCUUCGGUACUGCUGUCCUUGUCCUUCCUACAUCAACAUUCAUCAUAUCAUGA